AUGCAUUUGUGAGUUUUUGGAGAUCAUUUUUAGAGCCUGGCCCCUGAAUGUACUUGAAAAGCACGUUGCUUUGCUUCAAGAUUCGCUAAAAAAAGGCAUUAACGAUGCGGAUCAGGAGGCUCGGAUGUUUGCCCGACGAGCGUUUCCUCUAUUCGCAGCCAAAUUCCCGGAACAGGCCAAAUCUGUGCUUCAGAAUUUGGAUGCACAGAAGCGCAAACUGAUUGAAAAGGAUCUGAUCAGUGCGGGCAUGUCGGAGUCGAUCAUGAGCGGGGACAACGGGACCGCAUCUCGAAGUCGCUCCAACAGUCAGAGCACAGUCGCUGCGCGUUCUACCGGUGCAAAUUCGGUCACACGACGUCCCACACGUCCAGUUCUCGGGACCGUUGCUGCCAGUUCGACUAGUGCUCGUCCAAGGCCGCCGAUCACCAAUCAGAAUGACUACAGCACAACCAGAUCGACACAAAGUUAUUAUGAGCCUUUGAUGGAAGAUCCGACUCCGGAGUCCGGUGUGACAGCUAAUCAGUGUGUUGUUGUAAAUUUCACUGCCAGCACCGGGCUACGCAUUUUGCCCGAUUGGGAAUUGUUCGAUCAUGCUCCAAUCUCACCCCCGGUUCGCACCGGUUGUGACCCUGUCGAGACUGUGCUCGAUGCGAAAUUAGAAGAUCGGUGCAUGGAUCGUUCCAGUCCCGACCAGCCGAACCCGGUCGAGUCGCAGUUUUCUUCCCUGCCUGAUCGUUUGAAUGAGCAGGGUGAUGUGGGCCCGUUCGAUCAUCCUAGUCCUCCGAUGCACGGUCUCAUUCUCCUGUUCCGGGUUUCUUUUGUUCCAUCCGAGAAAGAAAUUUCCACCAGCCGUGAGGUUUCACCCUCCCGAUUCACAUAUGCGUCCUACGGGAUCUCAAAUGACGGUCAGCCCAUGUCCUAUAAUGCUUCCGGCUACGCCAGUCGUAACGGAACAAUGGGUCAAACAAUGGGCAACGCUGGUUACGCUCCGUCCGAGAGCGGUCUCAUCAAUCCGACUUAUCGUCCGCCGGUCACUUCGCGUAUCCCACGCAGUCAAGGUGCGAGCCGGGAAGGCUCUCCCACACGUUCCGUAGCCAGUGGCUAUUCAGCAGCAUCCUAUCAGAAUCAUAGCCAAGUUUCCCAACCAAGCCCGAUGUCACGUUUCGGUCUCACGAAUUCAAGUUACAGGGCUCGUCAAAGGCCUUCUCUUAGCUCUAUGAGUGACUGCGGAGACUUAGGCGAUCCGUUCCACGGUAGUCGGCAUCAGUUUGAAUCGGAUGACAAUUUCAGUGAGACAUCGUCCCAAUGUUCCGAUCGUUCAUCGCGAUCCGCCACUGGAUUCCGACGACAACCGUCCAUGCGUGUUACCACAAAUCUGAAAGAAAUCAUGGCUCUCCUCUCCGGGGCACAAUGGUCUGAUCGAAAAGACGGAUUGGUCAAUUUGCAAAGCUAUAUGCGGUCUGGCAGUGCACUCAGGUUAGUCCUGCCUGAUUCACGUGCUGUCUAUGUUCAUUCAUUCAUUGUCACUACCACUCCGAUAUUUUUCUGUGCAUUGAACCUCUUCUACUUUUUUCUGUUCAGUUUCGGUCAGAACUGCAUCUUGACGUGA